AUAUCUUGAAGAGUCGUUCACCAGUUGCCGCACCAUGUCGUUCCGCGAGCUACGCAACUUUACCGAGAUGAUGCGGGCCUUGGGGUAUCCCCGCCCAGUGUCCGUGGAGAACUUCCGCAAGCCCAACUUUGAGCUUGUGUCGGACUUGCUGUAUUGGAUGGCCAAAAAGUACGACCCGAGUUCAAGCGUGACAGAAGAGAUCGACACCGAGGAAGACCGGAUUGUGUUCCUCACGUCGGUCACGUCCGAGUUCCAUUCCAAGGCGCGCAUCAAGCUGAACGCCAAGAAGCUGUACGCCGCGGACGGGUUCGCCGUGAAGGAGCUGAUCAAAGUUGCGAGGGUGCUGUACGAAGCGUCUCGGAUCGAUCCGUCGACCGUUGAAGACGACGACGAGCUCUCGACAAAGAGUUUGCUUGGCUCCAAGCUCAAAGAUGCCAAGGCCACGCGGGCCUUGUCGGCGGAAAUCACAGAGUGCGGUGCCAAAUUGUACGACUUGUUGGACAACGAACUCGAAGUGCGCGAGGCGCGGGUCCAGGCGAUUCGAUUCCUGGACACUGUGAGCUCCAACUUGGAGUCGACGAACGAGCACAAGUACUUGGAAAAGUCCAUCAAAAGCAUCAUUGUAUCGGUGCAAGAGAACGUCGAGAGUAUGGAGCGGCAGUGCUCGGAGCUCGACGCUGAGGAGAAAGCACUGGGGGCCAAGAUCAAAAAAGCCCAGGGUGACCUCGAACGCAGCGAGAAGCGGCUCAAGAGUUUGCAGAACGUCCGCCCGGCGUUCAUGGACGAGUACGAGAAGCUGGAGAAGGAGCUCGAGCGGCAGUACAUCAUCUACUGCGAACGCUAUCGCAACUUGGACUACCUCCAGCACGAACUCGACCUGCACAACGACCGCGAGAUGAAAAAACUUCAAGAAAAUGACCGCACGCUCAAGAAGAUGCAGAAAAAGUUCCGCGACGACGAGCUCGCGAUUUUGCGUGGCGAGCAGGAAGAGAUUGAUAUCCCAGUGCCUGACGACAAAGACCCAAAGAAAAGCAGUGCCCCCCCCCAGUCCAAGAAAGAUCAGCCGCGAAAGAGCAAGGCGGCGGCCACGUCGUCGGACAGCGAAAGCGAAGACGACGAAGAAGAGGACGAUGAGGAUACCCAAGGGGGAGGGUCUGGACGGGGAGGCGCGGCGACUGCCUCCGCCCCAACCAAAGCGGGCAAGAAACAACCAACACCUCAACCGAGUAAGGAAGCAGCAAAUGACUCGGACAACGACAGCGACGAAGUGUCGGUGGCCGACUCGGGGGAGCUCAUUGACAACGACGACGACUCGGCGACCGGAAGCGACGGCGAGUCGACCGGCAAGUCGGCGUCGGGGGGGUCCGAGUCGGAGUCGGAAUCGGACCGAGAUUUUUAGUGUCUUUAACAAACGAGUAAUGAAUCCAUCAUGUUCUAGUUCUAGUAAGA